UUCAGUCAGGUCAAUCAUGGAAGAAGCAAUCAUGAGACUCGAAGGUGCCGAGCACGGAGAAGCCAACAACAAUUCUCUCAAGAGAAAGCCAUCAAGACCUUCGUCCACCGCUCCUAGCUCUCCCGGAGCAGUAACCACCUCAAAAGCUGCCGCCGGAACCAACGCCUCCGGUGGCUCCACCAUAAGGUACCGAGGCGUGAGGCGUAGGCCAUGGGGUCGUUACGCUGCUGAAAUACGCGACCCACUGUCCAAGGAGAGACGAUGGCUCGGAACAUUUGACACGGCGGAGGAAGCAGCUUGUGCAUACGACUGCGCCGCUCGAGCCAUGCGUGGUCUUAAAGCUCGAACCAACUUCGUCUACCCAAUGCCUUCUCUUGACUCUUACCACACAGAUCUUGGUUUACCCAACGUCAACGUCGAAGGAGACGGAUUUGGUGAGGUGAAAUAUCACGGAGAGUUGGGUUGGGCUGAUCAUGAGAGUGGGUUUGAUUCAGCUACGAUGGAGUACAACGGAAAUGUUGGAAUGCUUUAUCAGUAUUGCGUUCAUGAUUAUUAG